CACAUAAACAUGAACAAGAUACUUUAAAUGUGACACGUAUUUGCGCCUACAACUAAAGUCAAUGUUUGUCGAACAGCCUUCUAGCUAGGCUACCUAGCAAACAAGCUAGGAGCUGCUAGCCACUGGUGCUAGUUCAGUCAGCAUAGUUGGUUAAACCGUUCACCUCGAAUAUGUAUUUUCAUAGUACGCCGCUACUUCCUAUCUAUAAUAAAUGACAUUUCCAUACCUUUAAAAUGAUGAUAGAUGACAUAGUUGUAGAUUGGGCGAUAUAUUUUAAGGGUGGUCUUGUAUUGAGUUUACGAGAAAGUGUACGGCUCGUCCGUUUAGUAGCAACGAACAUUCAUGUUCCGCCCACAGCAGCGAAUGGGUUCGGAUGUAUAGAUAAACGUUUAAAAAAUAUAACCAAACAGCUUAGAUGUGAUACAUUAAAAAUAAUAACUAUUAGUAAUUACAAAAAAUAUUCUUCUAAAGAUUCAAGUUUUUUUCAGCUGUUUGUUUGGUUGCCUUAAUUGUCAAGUAUUGACAUAUGGUCCAAUCUGUCCUCCUGUCGUCACCUCCCCGUUACCGUGGUAACAUGUGGAGAGGAGCGAACAAGCGGGGAAGAUCCCGGGAAAAGUGACGUCACUGAGUCGAACUCCCCUCACCUUCCAGUGGGCAACCUGACCUUAGCAGACGGGCCAGUGGAGGUCGAUUAAACCGGAGAUGGUUCUCAUUAAAGGCGAUGACGGUUCUGUUCACAAACGCGUGAAGGCGAGCUCCGCACAGCAGGCGGACCGGUACCGGAAGCAGAAACUAGUGUCCAGAUUGGGCGACUCCGGUUUCGAGGAGGACUUGGCAACUUGCUCCCCGAUUUGUUCUUCUUCCACCCGGACAGUCCCAUGGCCGCUCCAUGAAGAUCCAGCAGCAGGACAACAGUCCAUUUGGUACCUCCAGUAUGGGGACAUUGGAUACAGGAUCCAGAGGGAGAGGGAGACACUCUUUUAUCCGUGCAAAAGUCUUGUUCUGCAGCCACAAGUCACAACAGAAGCACGCUGCAAGCUGGUCAGCUGGCUCAUCCCCGUCCACAAACACUUCCGUCUGUCUUUUGAGUGCUGCUGCCUGGCUGUGAACAUAAUGGACAGGUUCCUGGCGUGCACACCGGUCGCUGCAGACUGCUUUCAGCUUCUAGGUGUCACCGCGCUGCUCCUCGCCAGCAAAAAGGUGGAGGUGGGCUCCCCAAGUAUUAGCGAUCUCUUGUCACUGUGCUGUGACGCCUUCACCAAGGGGCAGCUCUGCAACCUGGAGUGUCUGAUUCUGUUGCGCCUCCACUUCCGCCUGGGGUCGCCUACCCUGGCCUUCUUCCUGGACUACUACACCAACCACAUAGAGGCUGUGGACAAAAGCGUGCCCAGGCAGUGUGGCAACCUGGCCCGGAAGGUGUGUGAAUUGAGCCUAGCCGACUACGCCUUCAACAAGUACGCCCCGUCUCUAACUGCCGGUUGUGCACUGAGCCUCGCAUGUGAGUUACUCCAACCUGGGCUUCUGCAGACAGCAAAGAACACAACAUCCCCGUGGGACAGCAUGAUGGAGACUCAAUGUGAGGCAGACAAAACUUCAGCACACCAGAGACCUGAUCUGGCUCAGGAGUGCACAGAAAACCUGAAACUACUGCUUGCACUCAACCGGGAGUCAUUGGAGGUGCUCUCCGACAUGUGAAGUCAAGGCUUACAUGGAGGAAAGUACCACAUUUCUAUGACAGACUGUUUCAGUAUUGUAUAACAUUUUGCUAAUGAUGAUUACUUAUUAUACUGUAUAUACCUGAGUGUCACUGUGUGAAAAAUUAAAUGAUGCAUUGAUAUUUUGGAAACAAA